AUGGUUUUGCCUCACGAGCCCGAAUUUCAACAAGCUUACAACGAAUUGGUUUCCGCUUUGGAGGAAUCCACCUUGUUCCAAGAACACCCUCACUACAAGAAGGUGAUUCCUGUUGUUUCAGUUCCCGAAAGAAUUAUUCAAUUCAGAGUUUCAUGGGAAAAUGACAAGGGAGAAAUCGAGGUGAACAAUGGUUUCAGAGUCCAAUUCAACUCGGCUCUUGGUCCUUACAAGGGAGGAUUGAGAUUCCACCCAACCGUCAACUUGUCGGUGUUGAAAUUUUUGGGAUUUGAACAAAUUUUCAAAAAUGCCUUGACCGGUCUCUCCAUGGGUGGAGGUAAAGGUGGAUGUGACUUCAACCCCAAGGGAAGAAGUGACGCUGAAAUUAGAAGAUUCUGUGUUGCUUUCAUGAGACAAUUGGCCAGAUACAUUGGUGCCGACAGAGAUGUUCCUGCUGGAGACAUUGGUGUUGGUGGUCGUGAAGUUGGUUACUUGUUCGGUGCCUACAAGCAAAUGCAAAACAACUGGUCCGGUGUUUUGACCGGUAAGGGUUUGAGCUGGGGUGGUUCUUUGAUCCGUCCUGAAGCCACCGGUUACGGUACUGUCUACUAUGUGGAGAAGAUGAUUGAAAAGGCCACUGGUGGAAAGGAGACUUUCAAGGGUAAGCGUGUUGCCAUUUCUGGUUCUGGUAACGUUGCCCAAUACGCUGCUUUGAAGGUUAUCGAAUUGGGAGGAACUGUGGUUUCUUUGUCUGAUUCUAAGGGAGCUCUCAUUUCACAAUCUGGUAUUGUGCCUGAGCAGGUUGAGGCCAUUGCUGCCGCUAAGCUCAAGUUCAAGUCAUUGGAAGAAAUCUGCAAAGAAUCUGCUUCCAUUUUCUCGGGCAAAACCGAGUACAUUGCCGGUGUCCGUCCAUGGACCAAGGUUGGUCAAGUUGACGUAGCAUUGCCAUGUGCCACCCAAAACGAAGUCAGCGGUGACGAAGCUAAGGCUUUGGUUGACGCUGGAUGCAAGUACAUUGCUGAAGGUUCCAAUAUGGGAUCCACCGUCGAGGCUAUCGACGUCUUCGAGGCCAACAGAUCCAAGAAUGUUUGGUAUGCUCCAGGUAAGGCCGCCAACUGUGGUGGUGUUGCCGUUUCUGGUUUGGAAAUGGCCCAAAACUCUCAAAGAGUUUCCUGGACUUCUGAACAAGUUGACGAAAAGUUAAAGAACAUCAUGUACACCUGUUUCGAGAACUGUUACAACACUGCUAUCAAGUACUCUACCGAGAAGAGUGCUUCUGGCUUGCCAUCUUUGUUGCAGGGUGCUAACAUUGCUGGUUUCAUCAAGGUUGCCGAUGCCAUGUUUGACCAGGGUGAGGUGUUUUAG